AUGGCACUCCAAACAGGUCCCCUGACAGUAACAGACCCCAUCUUACGACUACUUUGGAAUCUGUUGUUGGAUCUACAACACCGCAAGGCACGCGUACGGCUACAAUUUAUAUUCGGCCACUGUGGCGUUGCAAAGAACGAGGCAUGUGAUAAGGAAGCCAAGGCGGCCUCUGACCUACCACAGCGCGGGGGCACGUGGAUACCGGAUGUGGUAGCGCUGGCGAAACGUCACAUACGCAGCCAGCUGCCCAAACCAUCCAUCCACCGCUCCAGCAUCACCGGUCAUUGGAACCCGACACACAAUGAUCCGAGCUUCCCUCGGGAAGAAGAGGCGGCCCUAGCUCGUUUUCGCACUGGUGUAUCCCACCGCUACGGCUGGCUACUGCGAGUAUUACAGCCCACCACGCCAAAUACAUGCAGGUGGUGCAACCCCAUAGAACCCCCUCCCCCACUCAAAAAGCCUCGAAUAGAAACGCCUGCAGCAAACAAAGAGGCAGUGCCUUUGCGUUUCCGUGAUCUGGUCAACUGCCCGGAGUGCCAAACCCGCUAUGGCUGUCGAUCAAGCGCUUUGUUUCACAUGCUGAACAAACGCGGAUUCACACGUGCCCGCGCACUCUGGAAAGCCAAGCAUCCCACAGCUGAGGAGCCGCCGGGCAUCCCGCCAGAACCCCCUCCCCCAGCACCAAGGCCCAAACGCACAGCACCGGACACAACAAGCGACCCCAACCCGAUCGUCAAGAAGCGUCGAGAAGAGUUUGCUUGUACCUUAUGUGCGGCGUCGUUUAAAGGACAGGUGGGGCUAACAAGGCACCAUCGCCACUUCCACUCCCAGCAAUACCAAAACGCAGAGCGUAAACGAGCUCGGGAGAUGGAAGAAAAGGCCAAACCUUGCCUCUUCAAUGCGAUCACUGUGAGUUCGGAGCCCUAA